UCGGGAAUCACCCCUUUCUCCCAUCCUGACCAUUUCAGGUCAUUUCCAAAAGCACACCAAAAAUAAAUCCUUAAAACUUGUAACGUGAAAACUCCGUGCACGCUGACAAAUUCAACGAUUAUUUGCAAAAUUAUAUAAUUUGCAAAACCAAUCCGCCCGCGAUGUACUUUGCUGAGAGCUGGCGAGCACAAGGCGUGAUUUUCUCUGCAGGUAGCCAGCCCUGUUUGCCGCCAAAGUUUUGCGCGGAUGGUGCCGAUCAGAGGUUGUCUGGGGGUCUCGGCGCCUUUCUUCCGCUUCAACUUUUACAUGUCAUUUCCUGCAAUAUGGUGGUCAAGGCAAAGAGACGAGCGAGCCUCCCGAAAAUAUUCACCCCCGACACCAGCAGACAACUUCUACUCCCGGGCCUGUGACUCGUGAGAGCCGCGGCGCCGCCGGCAGCGGAGCGACCUGGACCCGACAGCCGCCGCCACAUAAACAACACACACACUGGGAAAUAGAGGCACUCGUUCGGGUAGAUGCGAGAGGAGGGAAAGAGGAAAAAAAUAAGUGCAGCGGAUUCCCAUCCCGACCACCAACAUUUAAUUUUCCUGAGAUAAAAUGAAUGAAAACCGGCCUUCGAAGCAAAUCAAAGACCAAUUAGACCAAGGACAAAUAGCUGUGAGGGUGAAGAUCGAGAAAGUGUUGCCUGAAGAGGAAGCAAAGUAUGGACAGUGCAUUGCAUCAGAAUAUACCCAGAUAUAUCCUGCAGGAAUGGAACUGGAAAUGGGGAAGGUGAAAGAUGAAGAAGUGACGAUGAAUGAACCCCCUGGACAAUUUGACUACUGGUUUUGUGAGACCUGCCAAGAAUACUUCAUGGAAGAAUGUGCUCUUCAUGGACAUCCAAUAUUUGUUGCUGAUACACCUAUACCUGUAGGUACACCGGAAAGGGCGGCUCUUUCGGUUCCUCCUGGAGUGGCAAUUGUGAAGGAACCUGGAGGGGAGAUCGACGUUCGUUGUUUAGAAUCUAUCAUUUCAAGAGGAAAGAUAUUUGGACCAUAUGAGGGAGAAGUGUGUCAAACUGAUAAAUCCUCGGGGUUUUUCUCAUGGCUGAUACUUGGCAAAAAUAAUACCUAUAAGUCCAUUGAUGGUACAGAUGAGACCAAAGGCAAUUGGAUGAGGUAUGUUGUAAUAUCGAGAGAAGAGAAUGAGCAGAACCUCAUGGCAUUCCAGCACAAGGAGAACAUUUACUUCCGUGUCUGUAAGGAUAUUCACCCUGGAGAGAGGCUGAGAGUCUGGUACAGUGAUGAAUAUAUGAAACGACUCCAUGCAAGUACACAAGACACUGUAGACAGAAGCCUCACAAUUGCGGCAGCAAAGUGCAAGAAGGCUAGCCUAGGAAGACAUUCCACUGAAAAAUCCACUGGAGAUCCAGGGACCUCCAGAAUACCAGGGAUUCUAAAUAAGGAUGAUUGUGAGAGACUGGAAAAUACCAAUCCCAACAAGGGUGGAAAACGUGACAACAAAGAUGGCGACUGCAGCCCAAGCCCUAAAAAGAAGAAGCUGGAACAAUUGUUUAAAAGCAUCCAUGAUUUGCCAGUUGAUAGUCCAAGAGAAAAGCUUGGUUGUCCAAUUUCUGGUCGGGGUCCAUUUGAACAUGUAUGUUCUAUGAAGCAAACUAGCAAUCUUCUAACUACCUCAUCUCCUGUACCUCAAAGGUCUCAGUUUGUAGCCCGCAGUGGACAGGAACAUGAAAUCAAUAAAUUGAGUACAGCACAAACAAAAUAUCCAUCAUCAAUGGACAAUCAAUUUCCUGUUCGGCAAAGGCUCAGGCAUCACGAAGGAGACACAUUCAACAGGCCAGGAACUUCUUCACAGCAAAGUAUUCUAUCUCAAUCAGGCACCAGAGGUGAAGGAGACUUCAGAUCCCAACAAAAAGUAAAUGAAAAGCAUUUAAAUACUGGUUUUCUCCAAACAAUGGACUCUGGGUUCCUUCAAAAUACUGAAGAAAACAGCAGUGCUUUGCCACCAGAGAAUUCAGGUGGACAGCACAGGGCUGUGGCUGAGGAAGAUCUUCCAAAAAGCCAGCCCACAUCGUACUGUCCAAAUUGUGUAAUACUACAAGAGAAAAUUCGUCAGCUUCAAGAGGAACUAGAUCGACUGAAGUCUAACUUGCCAGUUCCUUCUAUGGCUACAUUUGCCUUUCUGGAAAAUCUUGUCCAGUACUACAGAUUCCACCUCUUGCAAUCAGAAGCAGAAGAAAUAAGCACUUUGAUACCUGUGCUACCAGACCAAAAACAACAACCUGUGAAGGAUAAGGUUCAACACUACUACCCUCAUCAUCCACCAACACUGCUACACCUUCCACAACCUUUUGAAACCCAACAUGCACAAGAACAACAACCAGCAGUGACUGAGCAGGGCCCAGAACCUAAACUGACACAACAAAAGUGUUCUGAGCAAGAACUUAAGGUUGAACAAUGUGAUGAAAUUGUGGAUGAACAAUUUUACCCUGAGCAAUCAAAACACCAAUAUCAGCAGAUAAAACUCAAAGAACAAUUCCUUGAGGUGCCACAAAAUAACAGUCAGUGCCAGCAACAUUUAGUGGUUGAACAUCAUCCAUUAGAUCCAAACCAAUUACCGCAUCUCCAUAAACAGUCACCACAGCAGUUACCACAUCUCCAGCAGCAGCCGGCACAACAGUUACCACAUCUCCAGCAGCAGCCGGCACAAAAGUUGCUACAUCUGCAGCAACAGCCAGCACAGCAGUUACCACAUCUCCAGCAGCAGCCGGUGGAACAGUUACUACAUCUGCAGCAACAGCCGGCACAGCAGUUACCACAUCUCCAGCAGCAGCCGGCACAGCAGUUACCACAUCUCCAGCAGCAGCCGGUGGAACAGUUACUACAUCUGCAGCAACAGCCAGCACAGCAGUUACCACAUCUCCAGCAGCAGCCGGUGGAACAGUUACCACAUCUGCAGCAACAGCCACCACAGCAGUUACCACAUCUCCAGCAACAGCCGGUGCAACAGUUACCACAUCUCCAGCAGCAGCCGGCACAGCAGUUACCACAUCUCCAGCAGCAGCCGGUACAGCAGUUACCACAUCUCCAGCAGCAGCCGGCACAACAGUUACCACAUCUCCAGCAGCAGCCGGCACAGCAGUUACCACAUCUGCAGCAGCAGCCGGUGGAACAGUUACCACAUCUGCAGCAACAGCCGGCACAGCAGUUACCACAUCUGCAGCAACAGCCACCACAGCAGUUACCACAUCUCCAGCAACAGCCGGUGCAACAGUUACCACAUCGCCAGCAGCAGCCGGCACCACAGUUACCACAUCUCCAGCAGCAGCCGGCAGAGCAGUUACCACAUCUCCAGCAACAAUCACCUCACCAAUCAUCACAAAAUCUGCAGUCAUCCCCACAGCAAUUGCCACAAUCCCAGCAACCACAACCUAACCAGAAGACAUUUUUAUGGCAGCAAGAAAAUCUACAGCCAUUGCCACUACCAGCACCACCGCCACCAUCACAACCACAGCAUCAGCUUCCACAGUACCAAUGCCCUUCAAUGCAGGACCCACCACAUCUCCAACACAGGUUGCAGCCUUCAACUUUCAAAGAUAUUUGUCGUAAUCUGAAAGCAGUAGCUGCUCGUAAACGUAUGCGGCAAAAUCAGCCAUCGGAAGGUGCACAGUCUGGCCCUGGGAUAUCAGUCAGUUGCCUUAAUUUAAAUUUCAUCAGUCCUGCUGAGAGGAGUGACCCAAGCAAACUUACAAGAGCUCUGCUGGAAUACUUUUACACUGAGCAACACCUGGCUUCACAUUGUGCUCGAGGCAAAGGGAAAAACAGUGGGUUCAACAUGUCCAGACCAGCUCUUGAUCCCGAUGUUCUGGAUGCAAUCAAAGCAUAUGUCCAGCUGAAGUUUGCAUACGUGACGGACAAGGCAUUUUAUGCCAUGGUAAACAGCAAAUGCAGUGACAGCAGAAAAAAGAUUCGUUACAUUUUGGGAGUCCGGGACAAACCUGAAGAUGCUCCCAAAUAGCAGAAGUUUUGUGUGGGUUGCACAGUGGAAAUCAUGGGGCUAAUACUGAAGAAGGAGAGAAGAUGGAAGCUGGUGUUGAUGGAUGUGCACGCUCACCAAAAAAGGAGGAAAUGUUUGUAUUGUCCACAUCAAUAAUGUCAAACAACCCCAAAUCAAUUGAUUCUACCAGGAAAUGACAACCUGAAAUGUCAAUCCAUUUCAGUUUGUUCCCAUCAUAAUAUAAUUAUUUGAAUAAAUGAUCAACCAUGAUCACAUUGAAUGGCGGUGCUGGCUCGAAGGGCCAAAUGGCCUACUCCUGCACCUAUUGCCUAUUGUCUAAUUGGCUUCAAAUUAAUCUGCUAAUCCAUUUGUCCUGAUACCCACCACCAUGACAAAGCAGUGUAUAUUUAUUUAAUUUAUUCAUUCAGUACAUAUACUACAAAACAGCUGAUGAGAUUACUACUACAAAAUAAAGUGUAUGGAAAUUUGUUCUUUAUUUGUGCAAUUUGACUCAUAUUGGGUGAUGAAAUUACUUCUGAGGAAGAGAGCCUUACUCAACGAGAUGUUACACAAAUGGUUACUAACUAGAAAUGACAAUGAUAUUAUUAGCAGCACGUUUGUGAUUCUAACCCGAAUUUUUCCCACCAUUUCAUUUGUAGUAGUUCUGGCCAAAAACUGUCUUAGUAACUGAUUACUUGAGCAUUAGAUAUGUGGUAAAUUUGAAGAUCAUGUUAUCUGUAAGAGCAUUCAGAUUGUCUCGGCCUUUGCACCAUCCCCAGAAAAUGUUAGGUGCGGCAUAUCGCAGUAAAUGAUAAAGCAUAAUAGGGAUACACUUGAUUUUCAUAGUUUGCUGCUGGAUAUGCUUCUUAUUGAUUGCACUUAACCAAAAGCUGGGAAACAUGGUCACUGAAGUGAGCAUGAUUUACUCAUUGUGCAUUAUUAAUGCAUUUAAAUUGCUGGCUUCUGGCAGAACAUUUGUUUUCUGCUGGCAGAAAGUGUUGCUGCUGCAAGCCAAGUAGUAAUUCAACACAUUAACCUCUGAAAUAUUGAAUGUAUCUCGAGAUGAUAUAGAAAUUUUACUGGUAACACAAAUUUUUUUCUGUCAUGUGUUUAUACAUUUGUUCAUUUUGUAGCCUCUUAGUCUGCAUUUCUGAAUUCCAUUUGUUAGAAUGGACAUGUGAACUUGAACUACUCCACACCAUCUUCUGAUUCCAGACAUUGUUGGGGGUGGGUAACAUUGUGAAAUCCAACUUUCAAUUGUACUUGACCCUUCUUUCUAUAGUUAAUCAUCUGCGAUGAAGUAGAAGCUCACUGAUGUAAAGAGGUCACAAUGAUUAUUUGAAGCACGAAGCUGAACAGAAGAAAAAUAAAGUUGUUUUUUUUUACUACUUGAGGAUGAUAACCCGUUUUUAUUUGUUGUGGUAAUUAAAUUAAAGGUUUAUGAGCAAAUGAUAUACUUUGAUUUGCACAAAUAGAUGCAUCAUCUGCCUUCUAUUUAGGUAAAUAAUAACUUGGUAAAAUAAGUCAUUUAAUUCCACCUACAUGGUUAGAGUAGAAAUCAAUAACUGGGAAAACAUAUCAAGGCGCUUAGCUUUAACAAGAAGAUAAAAAAGUUAAUGUUGGUGAGAGGAAACAGUGGGAAACCCUCCUUAAAAUUGGAAUAGUCUGCUACAGGGAAGAGACUUAUUUUACCAUAUACAUGCUCAAAAUAUUACAAAUAGUCACAAAGAUAAGCCUGAUUAUUUUUUAUGCAUACUACUUAGUAAAUGUGACUUCUUUGAACUUGCCUUCAUUGGAUCAGAAAACAAAGCUAUUUAGUCCCUCAGGCUUAGGU